GAGGCCAGCCCUCCAGGGCCUUUCAGAUAGCUGCGCUCACACACCCUCCCAGCAUGCACUGGGAAGAAGGGCUCUGAAGACCGCAAAAUCCAAGAUUGACACAAGGUGACAGGAAACGGGAUAGCCUCUGGCUGCUGUCCUUUCCUUCUUCUCCCAGUGGACUGACUGUUCUGACUCCCAGAUGCCCGUGACACCUCAGCAGCCCUCGGGGCACACGGAGGGGCUCCCUGAUCCCACAGCGGAGGCAGCAGUGUGGCUAGUAAUCCCCUGCAGCCCUUGUAUUCCCAUCAUGCUGGGCCUGGCCUCUCUCACAGCCUUCUUCAUCAUAACUACUGCUGUACUGGCCGAACGCCUGUUCCGCCGCCCGCAACCAGACCCCAGCCAGCGUGCCCCCACCCUAGUGUGGCGCCCUGGAGGAGAGCUGUGGAUUGAGCCCACGAGCAGCGCCCGGGAGCGCUCUGAGGAUUGGUACGGCUCCUCCAUGCCUCUGCUGAUGGACAGGGCUCCAGAUCCCCCAACCCCCGGGGGCACCUUGGAAGGAAGAGCAACCGCUCCACCGGCCGCUUCAGCCCCCCACUCUUCGCCCAGUUCUUUAGUUCCUCAGACCCCACCAGAGGUCCCAGCCCAGAGCACCUUCUGGAGGCCUCAGACCCAAGAGGAGAGACCCCAUGACACGGGCCUGGUGAGCUGGGUUGGGCCUGAACCCAUGCCAGAGGCUGGCUUGCAGGUUGGGAGCCCCAGGCCUUGGAGGCUGAGGCAAGGGAGCUUGGAGCCUGAUUGGGGUCUCCAGCCUCGGGUCACCCUGGAGCAGAUCUCAGCGUUCUGGAAGAGGGAAGGCCGGACCAGCGUGGGCUUCUGAGUCUUCAGAACCUGUAAGACUAACUCCCACCUCAGAGGGGCUACGGGGGUCAGCUCCAGCCUUAGGCCUGACCCGUGCACUGGAAAUUUUGUGUGGAAAUUUCUGUCUUCUGCACCUGGCUGGUGGGCAGGCUGAGAGUGUGGACAGCCUGCACUCCAAGGCUUACCUGAAGUUCAGCUUAGGUUAAAAUGCCUAGGUUGUGACUCUGAGAACUGAAGGCAAGGCUAGUUGGCUAUAGGCCAGAAGGCUUCAAGAUGGCACUUCAGGGUACAAACUUACAUAAGACAGCCUAUCAGAAGGAAGAGGUCCUGUAUGGGAUGCUGACCAACAGCCCAGAGCUGGUAGUUAUGAGUGUCAGUCAUGUGGGCUGGAGAUGGCAGGAAUCUUGUUCUCCAGAGCCACAAACCCUAUCUGUGCCUGGCCACUCUCUCCCACCUCUGUGAGGCCCUCCAGGAAAACACAGAGGACAAAUCCAGGAGGCGUCUUUGAUUCCGUACAAAUCAUGGCCUUGGCCACUAAACGGCAACAUGGGAUUUGCUGAGCCAUGCUGGAGAGGCUGUCUCUUGCCUGGAAUUGGGACACAGAACCAAGAUGGGUCAGUAGGUUCCUCUGCCCCCUGACUUAUGGCUGCACACAUCCUACAGUGCAGUUUUAUUAUUCUGUGUUAAGAAAAGCAUGGCCUAUCGAGAACUGAGUUUGUUCCAAUAUGGGAAUGAAGAUUUUCCCAGAGAAGGGACGCUCCCCAAACAUAGCCUUUGCUAUCUUUCCCUCCAGCUUGCUGGAGUGGUCUAGAGAGGCAGGUUUGCCAUGAGGCAGAGAAACGGAGUCCCAAAUACCCAUGUGCCCGCCAGCUGACUUCUCCUUUAGGAGAGGGGUUCGCAGUGGGGUUCGCAAUGGGGAAGAUGGAGCUUUCGGUCCCUGGAAAUCUGACUUCCCAAACAUCAGUCAAGAGUAUGACUAUCCUGCGGUAUUUUGUUUUAUUAUUUACUUUAUAUUUUUACUUAAAUUGGUUCACUGUUUGCUUAAUAAAUUUGUUUUAAAGUGAA